AUGGCUCCAGCCCAAUUGCGUCUGGUGUUUCUAACUAUUUUCCUACGUUUCAUAGCUGCACAGAAUGAUGGUUCUGUAUCUGUUGGUGCAUCACUCACAACCACAUCCGAUGUGAAACCAUGGCUUUCAUCUUCUGGUGAAUUUGCCUUUGGGUUCAAACAAGUUCAAGGGAACGAUAAUUUCUUGGUAUCCAUAUGGUACGAAAAGAUACCUGAUAAGACCAUUUUCUGGUAUCCAGAAGAAGGUCGGAUGGUGCCUACAGGAUCCAAAGUUGAGCUACUUCGUGCAAGUGGAGUCGUACUCACUGAUCCUCAGGGUACAGAGGUAUGGAGAUCUGGGUCCAUUUCCGCUGUUGCAUCAGGUUUUAUGAAUGAUACAGUCAUGAAAGAUCCUUUCUUCAUGAGACUUUUAGAGAGCUUAGCCAUAUCAGCUCCCAAAGAUGCGAUCUCACAUCCAUCUCACAUAGGUAAUACUAAUCUGGAACAAUCCGUACUUAUUCCACUAUAA